CCGAGGGGGACCGGUAGCCACCAGGGGGAUCAGGUGCCGGGGACCGCCGCGGCAGCCCGGCUGGGGACCGCGCACGGCAAGGGGGAGCCCGGCCGGACCCGGAGACCGGCACAGAUCUCUUGCUCCCAAAUAGAUAUCAUUUUUUAAACUAUUUUUCUCCCUUUUCUUUUUUCUUCCGUAUUUUUCGGUGGGGCAAGCCGGGCAGUUAUUUCCUCGCUUCUCUCCGCUGCUCCCGGCGCUCGCUCUCUCCGCGGUCGCUCUGGGCAGCGACAAUUUCAGCUGCAAAACAAAAACUUUUUUCAAAGGAAAUAAGCAGACCCACGCAUCCACCCCGGGGGGUUUGUUGGUUUGGGAUUUUUUUGUUUGUGGGUUUUUUUUCCCCCUUUAAAAUAUACAAACUUAGUCUUUUAUUUUGCAAUAAAAGUAUCCGGGGAAAAAAAAUACAAAAAACAAAAACCAACCAAAACCCAAAACACCCGCCAGGGUUUCUGUGCGUUCAAGCAACACUGCCCAGACAGCAAUUUUAUUUACUCCGAAGCUUUCAUUUUUGCGAUCGCGCAGUCCCCGGGUGAACUUUAGUUUUAAGCCGUCCCCAAAAUGCGCGAUCCCCCCUUAAAGACCGAUAAUUUCUUUUUUGACCACUCGUUGUUAAGUCGCACUUAGCUUAAUUUUGGACGCGGCUGAAGUUUGUCCAACAUCCUCGUCCCUCUUCGGGUCCUUCAUCUCUAAAAGAUUGCCGCCCUUGCCCCUGGCUGCUUCCAGUGUUCGAAGGGUGAUGAUGCUCCAGUAAUUUUCCCCGCUCCAUUCCUAGGCAUCGCUUUGCUUUCCUUCCGGGGAAGAUUGUUCUGCUUGUGAUCCUGCUGAGGAAAGACACUCCGAUGGACUUACACCGGGCAGCAUUCAAGAUGGAGAACUCACCCUAUCUCCCCAACCCACUGGCCUCCCCAGCACUGAUGGUUCUUGCCUCCACUGCCGAAGCCAGCCGUGAUGCUUCCAUUCCCUGCCAGCAGCCGAGGCCUUUUGGGGUCCCUGUGUCAGCAGACAAGGACGUGCACAUUCCCUUUACCAAUGGCUCAUAUACUUUUGCCUCCAUGUAUCACCGCCAAGGCGGGGUGCCGGGAGCAUUUGCAAACCGUGACUUUCCUCCAUCCUUACUUCACCUUCACCCCCAGUUUGCACCCCCCAACCUGGACUGCACCCCGAUCAGUAUGUUGAACCACAGCGGCGUUGGGGCUUUCCGCCCCUUUGCAUCCACUGAAGACCGGGAGAGCUACCAGUCAGCCUUUACACCGGCCAAGCGCCUCAAAAACUGCCACGACACUGACUCACCCCAUCUGCGCUUCUCAGACACUGAUGGGAAGGAGUAUGAGUUUGGCACCCAGCUCCCCUCCAGCUCCCCUGGCUCCCUCAAAGUUGAUGAUACAGGGAAGAAGAUCUUUGCUGUUUCUGGCCUCAUUUCUGACCGUGAGACCUCAUCCAGUCCAGAAGACCGAAGUGACAGAUAUAGAAGCGACAACCAAAGAGGGCCCCAGGCGUCUGCAACUGCCACUCAUCGUAUGAUUUUAACUCUCCCCCUCUGCAAAAAGAAAGCAACUUUGUUUGACAGUCAGGCUCCGAUCUGCCCCAUCUGCCAGGUCCUUCUUCGCCCUGGGGAGUUGCAGGAGCACAUGGAGCAGGAGCUGGAGAAGCUCACACAGCUGAACAUCAGCAAGAGCUCCAUCCUGAAGGAUGCCAUGGCAGCAGGCACUCCCAAGUCAAUUUUGUUGUCGGCCUCAAUCAAGCGGGAAGGAGAUUCUCCGACAGCAUCACCCCACUCCUCAGAUGACAUCCAUCACUCAGACAGAUACCAGACCUUCCUGCGGGUGCGAGCGAACCGGCAGACCCGGCUGAACGCCCGGAUUGGAAAAAUGAAACGGAGGAAGCAAGACGAAGGGCAGGUAUGUCCCCUCUGCAGCCGGCCUCUGUCAGGAUCCGAGGAGGAGAUGAGUAGGCAUGUGGAACAAUGCCUUGCAAAGAGAGAAGGUUCAUGCAUGACUGAGGAUGACUCCGUGGACAUCGAGAACGAGAACGGCAACCGCUUUGAAGAGUACGAGUGGUGCGGACAGAAGAGGAUACGGGCUACUACUCUCCUGGAGGGAGGAUUUCGAGGUUCUGGGUUUAUCAUGUGCAGCGGGAAGGAGAAUCCAGACAGUGAUGCUGACCUGGAUGUGGAUGGAGACGACACACUUGAAUACGGGAAACCACAGUACACAGAGGCAGACAUUAUCCCUUGCACUGGAGAAGAGCCAGGUGAAGCCAAAGAAAGGGAGGCGCUCCGAGGUGCUGUUUUAAAUGGUGGCACACCAAGUACUCGAAUAACGCCAGAGUUUUCUAAAUGGGCCAGUGACGAAAUGCCGUCAACGAGUAAUGGUGAAUGCAGUAAACAGGAGACCAUGCAGAAGACCUGUAAAAACAGUGACAUUGAAAACCACGCUACCCACAUAAUAGCAAACCCGGACACAAGGUUGUUUAAAAUUACAGAAGACUCUGCAGUGACAACAUUUGAAGCGCUAAAGGCUCGUGUCCGUGAGUUAGAAAGGCAGCUUUCCCGUGGGGACCGCUAUAAAUGUCUCAUUUGCAUGGACUCCUACACAAUGCCCCUGACUUCUAUUCAGUGCUGGCAUGUGCACUGUGAAGAAUGCUGGCUGCGGACUCUGGGUGCCAAGAAGCUCUGUCCUCAGUGUAACACCAUCACGUCUCCUGGAGACCUUCGGCGCAUUUACUUAUGAAGGAUCCAGCAGGAGGGCGGGACCCAGCUACUCGGCUCAGCUCAUCAAACCCAGGGGGAGAAGAAUGACCACAACAACAACAAAAAAUACACGUUUUAAAAUUUAAAGAAAAAACAAACCAGAGACUCCAGACAUGGACUCGAGGAUAAGGAGCAGUGGGGAACUUCGGCUGCCAGGUCCCACAGUUUGAGACCUCCUUCAGCAUCUGCAGCGGGCAAAACCGAAUCCUUUGUUGUGAAGCCCUCUUUUUUAAAACCAGUGUUCCCCAUCACCCGUUCCCUGGAGCUGGCUUUGCAUUGUGGAUGGCUCGUGAGCCCUCCUUUGGACUGUGUUGUUGACCACUCUGCCCCCAGGAGACUGGGGAAGGGACCCUUGACAGAAAGAUGUUAAAUAACCUGUAACUUGUGUUCCUUGAUCAGUUUUUGUUUUGUUUUUAUUUGUUUUGGUUUGAUUUUUUUUUGUUUGGUUCUGUUUUGGUUUUUUGUGGUGUUCUAGUGAUGACUAAAAGGUUUAAAGGAAAAAAAAAAACACACCCAGGCAGAAAUGAAGCACAUGUAAUAUAGAUUAUAUAUGUUUACAAUGUUGUGUAUAAAUGGGAUAGACUCAAACAUUACAUACUAAUAAGUUUCCCUUUCUUUUCUUUGGGUUGUAUUUUUUUUAAAGAAGAAAAAAAAAUGAGCAGAGAACAUUAAACCCAUAUUUUUCUUGGUUCAGCAAAGUUUUGGCAUUAAAGUCAUUAGUUUAAAAAAAGUAUAUAUAUACAUAUAUAUAAUAUAAAUGGUUUAAUGUUCUGUGGUGUAUAUUUCCUCAUUCAGAUAUGAAGUUAACAGCUUUUAGUAAUGGCUGUAGCAUUGCCCAUAACUUACAGAACUUAUGGGGAGUAGAGGAGGUGGAUUUUUGUCAUUAGUUGUAGCUAAUGGGGCUAUUUAUAAUAGAAUCGUUAUCCCCGGAAAGACACAGCUUUUAACUCCUCACCGGGGGGCCAGGCAGGACAGGGGAAUCUGGCUCAGCCCCCCUUAUCUUUGCUAGCUCGGGAAAGGGGCAAAUGGUAAGGAGCUGGAGGGAGGGAGUCUGUCAGAGCUGUCCUCUCCCAUGGCUGCGAGUGCCUGCUCGAGGGUCUGGCUGAUAGCUGUGCUCCUCCAGGCCACAGCCCCUUCCCCUGCCCUGCCUGGCUUUGCUUUCCUCCUCUGGGCAGCGUUUCCUGGCUGAGGAUGCCUGGGCUGCUCAGGAUGGUGCUGAGGCAGGACAGUGGGGAUGGCAGGGGAUGGGAUGGUCCUGCUGGUGGCUUUGCCCAGAGAGACUCAGCCAGUUCUCUUGUGGGGCUGCCUGGCAGAGCUGUGCAAGCCCUGCAGAGCCAGCCCUGCCCUGCUCUCGCUUCCCCCAGCUCCCACUCUCCUGCAGCCGGCGUUUUUCCUAAGAGGUUUUGGCACUAGGGCAGAGAGCCAAGCCAGCCCUGUCUCAUCCCCACUGCCACUCCCAGGGUCCAGCAGAGACACUCUCAGCUGGACCCAGAGGUCCCCACAGCCCCAGCUUCUUCCACGCAGUCCUUCAUGCUUGUCCCUGUCUCCCAUAUCCUCAGCCUUAACCAAAGCUGCCAUCUGGCCUGGUUUUUUGUUGUUCUUUCUUUUAUUGUCAGGAUCCAAGAAACAGAUACUGACCCCUUUCCCAAGGCCUUGGGACUUCUCCCAGCCCUACACUUUGCAUCCCUGGGCAGUUGUGGGGUGCCAGCUCCCCAUAGCCAGAAGACAGGGAGAUGGGAAAGCUCAUCUGCCCCACUCCUUUACAAGCAGAUCCCACCUGGCAGCACAACAUAGCUGGAGCAUUUUAAGACAGUCCAGGAAUAGCAGUGGAUGAGGGAUUUGGAGUUGGGACCCCAGUGCUUCUGGGCUGCUGGGGUAUUUCUAGAGAGGGAAGGGCUGGGUAAGCAGGAUGUGGGGUGGGGGGGUACGACAGUCCCACUACUGCUUCCCUCCCCUGAGUUCUUUGGCAGAGAACAGCUGCAGCUUUGGCAUCUCCUGACUGAUUGCUGACAGAUCCCACUGCACCCAAAAAAAACCCAAGUGAAAUUGAAGGAGCUGUUGUUUCAUAAACGUCUCAUCAAAAGGUGACAAUUCAUAAUUGGGAGUUUCCCUUGUGUCCAAGCUCAUAGCUGUGUGUGGCCUCUGAGACCAGAGAGCUGCAGCCUCCUCUGCUCUGUGCAGAGCUCCUGGGAACCAGAGGAAGCUGAGGCACGCCAAGGGUCCUGCCCUCACAGGGAGAUUGCAGGCAGGGGCUGUCACUGCAGGGUGACCCUGCAGCCAGCAGUACAAGGCAGGAGAAGGGCAGGCAUGCACAGCACAGCAGGAUUUGUAAAGGGAGAAAAGCUUGCAGGGCACAUGGCUCAGCUGGGAGUGUGCUGGUGCUGAGGUCUCGGAGAUGGAGAAGGUGCAGCCAGGUGGGAUUGAGAGGCAGCCAGGAAGGGCAAGAGGGUAAGACACCCCUACCCAGUGCUUCCCUGGAAAUAGCCUGGCUGCCUCCCAGGGCUUUUCUGGCAGGUGUUGUGGACCAGCCAUGUGCUUUGUGUGUAAAACCAUAUGUAACUAGUCAUUGGUUCUUUGCUUUGCGGUUUAUUUUUGGUUUAUUCUUUUUGUUUAAUUUGUAAAGCCAUCCCCUGUUUUCAAGGGGGAAGCUGCAGGGGGAAGGCUGGGGAGAGAGGCAUCCCAGUUUGUAACAGGCAUCUGCCACUUCCCCUCUUCUGUAAUGAAUUUAAAUGAUUUUUAAAAAAAAGUUAAAUAUAAGAGUUACCUAUCUUUGCCCAAAGAAUCCCAGUUGCACAAAGCGAUAUUCCAGUGUGUCAAUGAUUGUGUGUCAGUGUAUACUAUACAAAGAGGUACUUGUCACUCCCGUUUGUAAACUACAUUUGACAUUAAUUAAACAAGUAUAAAUCUUC